AUGUGUAGGGAACAGGACCCUUGCAAUGGGCCACAAGCACAUGCCAACGUAAAUGUCUCUUCAUCCAUCUCCGACGGCUCUACAGCACUCACAACUAACAUCAACUUUCCUAUCUCCAAUACCACAUGCAUCCAUGGGACUACCUCUGUUUCAAUUUUUGGAUCAUCGUGCCAAAGACGAACAGGAUUGUCAUCGGAUGACUGGACAACACGUACACCUCAAAAUAUCCAAAUGGCGACAGGACAAAUAGCACUCAGAGCAGCUCUCAACUCAGAGUUCGAUUUAGAUCUAGCAGAGUCUGUGAUUUAUGAUGAGCAAUCUCAUUACUGCUUAGGUGGGGAUCUCAUGUUACAGACACUUGAUCGGUAUAGUGACGUGCCCCUUCUUAGUACUGUGGAAAUACUAAAUGCGCACGGGAUAAUUCUUUCUCGAGUAUUUGAAACAGAAGACUACGAACGAGGGACUGGCCUUGCUUCAUUGUCCACUAGUGCAUAUGUUGAGUUUACUGUCUCCUAG